GUUGUUUCGAGAACAGGUUUUCAUGAAGGUUGACGACUGACAAGAUUCUUCACAUUGAUAUAUCUCUAAUGUGUUGAGAUUUUCAUACAAAAGUUCUAUCACUGAGUUUUUGGGGUCAAUGAAAAGAUGGUAAUUUGGAAUAUCCUCCACGUUAUAUUUAUCAGCCCUUUUCGUUUUGGAAAUCCUACAGUUGCUGAUAUCUCCGAUGGAAGGACUUCAUCGACUGUCUUAUUUGCUUGUGCGUCAGCCAUUUCACUAAUUUCUAACGUGUAUUUGUCCAUUCAACCAGGAGGCGAUCAAACAGCAAACAACAUGUUAUGGAUACUACAAGCUUUUUCCGAAGUUGCUGGAACAAUUGCACUAGUGAUUUUGCUGGUGUUGAUUCGUUUCUCCACAUCUUAUGUUCUUCUUCGAAGACAGCAAGUAAAAGACAAAAGUAUCAACGUUCAUCUAAACAUUUUGUGGCUUUCUGGACUUGGGGUACUUGUUCUAACAGGAAUUAGUUUAGUCAUCACCAUUAAGUGUAUCUAUUCAGAACAAACCUCUGAGGGAGCUUUACAAAUGAUCUCUACAAUACUGACAAUUCCGUUUAUCGUAUUGCAGUUGAGUUCCAUUACGUAUUUGAGGAAUGUUAGCUUGGCUGGUGGCAUGUUUAUAAACUACUUAGUGGGAACAAUACUAUUAGUCAACGUCAGCAUGUGGUUUAGUUUCGUAACCUGGAAAAUAGUUGAUAUCCACACUUUUUUAAGGUCAAACUUUACCAAGUCUAUUCCUAAGGAAAGCACAUUUGCCCAAUGUUACUUAGAGUCUGGCAGACAGAAUGUAUCGUGGGCCACAAUUCCUUUUUCUCUAAGCAUAAGCAUGCUUUUUUUCAUAUUAUCUUCAGUGUUUCUGAUUAAGAUAUGGUCCAGUAUUGAAAUAACAUCUCAUAUAGACCCAUGCAAAGCCAGAGGUAGGGAGGGAAAUGAUGCACCACAGCUUCCAGAAAGUAUCAUCCAACCACAUGAACAGAACGGUGGCCCAAACCUGAAAAACAUCCGAUUCAUAUCCACUAUUGUGGGAAUCACGUUAGUCGUAGCAUUUUUGACUAUGGCUCUUUUGAUGAAGUUUGUGUACUUGAGACAUAUAAUUGCAGUUAAAAUCUUCUGGGAUGCUUCCAUUAUUGCAUGUUUGGCGAUAGGUUUGAUCAUUGUCCUUGUGGGUAUUAAAAGUUUGGACUCUUAUCGACCGAUUACAUGGAUGCUAUCGUCUUGGGAUUGUGUACUUCUGUGUUGUAUGGCUGGUAAUGUGGUAAAUAAUACAAUAGGAAUUAUUUCCGUCAGUAUCUGUCAUGUCGAGAGACCAAAAACGAUCUUUACAAAAAAUUCAUUAAACUUGUUUAUGGUGUUUUAUCAUACGGUAUACAUAAUGAUGGCGAGAAGAAUUCCAUCAAACGCUUUACGGAACAAGCCUGUGACUUUAUCGGUUCAUAUUGUAUUCUUUGUAUCGUAUGCGGGAAGGUGGUUUCUGCUAACAUUUAUUCUUAGCACGCAAGGAAAGUAUUUAUUACAGGAAGGACAACAAUGUUUAUUUUCUGAUCAAAUCUGGUUGACUUUGCAAUAUUUCACGAUUCCUAUAAAUGCAUUUUAUGAUUUUCAAUCAUUUGCAUAUUAUUAUAGUACUAUAUGGUAGAUAAUUUGACAUGUGUUUUUAUUUUUCAUUCGCGGUGUAUUAAGUAACUUACAUGUACUAUGUUAUAUUUCAUUAUUUUCGCACAUUUUAUUAAUCAUAAAUGUAAUACCUGUGUUUUUAAAACGUAAUUUCAUAAAAUAUGUUAUAUCAUGAAAGACCCUUAACACUCUUAUGAGCAUUAAAGCUAUAAGGAAACU